UGGCAGACUCGCAUCGUGUCGCGAUGUUCGCCUGCACAACUUUCUCGAUUAGUGAUGUGAUUCGAUACAGAAACAUAGACGUGACGCUCUGUUGAAAAUUGGAUUUUGUGAUUAGUGACUUCAUGGAUUUAAAGGAUUCAGUGUGAACUUCGCACAGUGAUAGAUAAUGUGAAUUAUGAAAUUUGAAACACUUAGCAAAAUGAGGUGGCUUUUUAUUGUAAUAACUGUGACAGUGUGGCAAACAACUUUGGCUGCUCUGGCGCCUCCUGGAGCAUGUCCAGUUGUGUGUGAGUGUAUAUGGAAAGCAGGCAAGCAAGCUGCGGAGUGCAUUAAACGUGCUCUCAUCACCGUGCCUGAGAAGGUGGAUCCUGCAACACAAAUAUUGGAUCUCUCUGGCAAUAAUCUGCAGAUACUUCCUCAAGAAGUUUUUAUUCGUGUUGGACUUGUAAAUUUACAAAAAAUAUAUUUAAGAAAUUGUAGUAUAGGUCAAAUAGAUGAACGAGCAUUCAAAGAUCUUACCAAUCUAGUGGAAUUAGAUCUAAGUCAAAAUUUACUUACCCAAAUCCCUAUGGCUACAUUUAAGCAUGUCCCCUUUCUAAGAGACCUAAUACUGGCUCAAAAUCCAAUACGUAUCAUACAUUCAGAUUCCUUAACAAAUCUUGGAAGCCUGGUAAAACUUGAUUUAUCCCGAUGUGAAAUACGGGAAAUCGCCCCUAACGCAUUUAGAAAUGUUCAAGCUUUAGUAUCUCUAAAACUGAAUGAAAACCAACUUAGAGACCUGCCUUUAUUAUCAUUGGAAAAAUUGCAGAACCUGAAAACGAUUGAUUUUUCUGAUAAUCCGCUAGUAUGUGACUGCCGUCUGAGAAAUCUAAAAAUCUGGCUAUUAGAAAAAAAUCUGACUCCAACUUCGACUUGUUCAGGUCCAGCUCGGUUAGCUAAUCGCAAGUUUGCAGAGUUAUCAAUCGAGGAAUUUGCAUGUAAACCUGAAAUCUUACCUGUGAGCAGAUACAUCGAGGCUGAAGUAGGAUCAAAUGCAACAAUUGUUUGUAAAACAGAAGCUAUACCGAGUGCAAACAUAACUUGGUAUUGGAAUGGCCAUUUACUUUUAAAUGGAAGUAUUUUUAAUUCACACCAAAAGGUAUAUAUCUUUGAAGAUGGUGACGUUAAAAAGAAAUCUUCAUUAGUUCUUACAAAUACACAAGAUACCGAUUCAACUGAGUUUUAUUGUGUCGCACAAAAUAGAGGUGGCAAUACCGAAGUUAACUUUACUGUUCAUGUUACGCAAGUUGCUGUGGGAAUGGCGUCUUUGGGGAGCGCUCAAAUAGCAAGCCUGGGAGUGGCAUUGUUUUUAAUUUUUGUUGUCAUUACCUUGGCGCUCCUUGUUACAUUUAUAAGAUUCCGCCCAGCACCCGUCUGCGAAAGUAAGGCCCCGAACACUUUAGAUAGAGUCGUAUCUGGUAAUGAAGUGCAUCCUACAGCUGAUGAUAGACCCCAUGUAGCAGUGCUUGCAGAUAGGCAAGAUUCUUCAAGCUAUCUAGAUCCGAAGUGCAAUCCAGUAUCUAAACCACCACGAGUUAAUGAUAUACCAUAUUCAACAUACCAUUAUGAAGGACGGGGAAGUGUUGUUACCCAUGGAGGUAUGAUCGUGUCACCAACAGUAUCUGCAACAAUCGAUCCUGAUCUUAUCAAUGACACAAGACCAGAAAGUGCUCCUCGACCAGAGAGCGGUGAGUACGCACGUGAAGCUUCUGAUUCGUUAUACCCGUCAGGUAUGUGGGAACACAUGAAAAUGAAUCAAACAGGCCAGCUGUCACACGCUGUCAGUUCAGCAAUCCCUGCAUUUUAUACUGACCGAACGCCCAUUAUAGAAAAUUAUAGUGUUGAUGGCUCACAAGAAAAUCUAGGAUUUACAAGUCGAACAUUUCCUAGAUCUCACAUAUCUGCCACGUCGGUGCAGGCAACUCCGGCAGAAGGACCAUAUCCUGCAGACUAUGGCCUCCCAGUGGGUGCUCGCACUUUGCGCGUGUGGCAGCGAGCGCCACCUGUACUACCUCCAGUGUCGUCCCUUAAACGUGUCCUAACGAUUACAAGGCCCAUAGGCGAUGACAGCUUCCAGGAUGGCUGUGCAACAGAUGUUUAAACUGUUCAUAAAUAGUUGCUACAUAUCUUAACGAUGUCACACUGUAUAUUAUAGAUAUUUUAAAUUAAGAAGCAUUUAUACGUACGAUUAUAUAUUACGUAGGUAUAUAAUAUAUACCUACACGGGUUGUUAGUAUAGUAUUUUUUGUAUUAUAUUAUUUAUUUAGGUAGUUAUUGGAUGGAAGGUUUAACUGGACCGAAUUGUGAAGAGUCCGCGACUGAUUAGUUUGAAGAAUGUAAGUGUAAGUUGUAUAAGAUACGGAAUGGUAUUAUAAAUGAUCGCCAAAUUAUUGUAAUAAUGAUUAAAAUUAUUGUUGAUUUGUUCACAUAUAGGUGUUAUAAUUAUAAUAGUAUGAGUAUUUACAGUGUAAGCCACGUGUUAAUAUACUAUCCAACGAUGUUCAACUCCCUUCAAAAUUGUACAAGUAAUUAACAUACUUAAUAAUGUAAUAUACGAUCGAUGUUACUUAUUGUACUAAACUGGAUGUUAAAUUUAUGUUUUGAAAAAAAUAAAAAUGAGAAGUAAAUAGACAGAAGACAAAUAAA